AGUACCUUCUGUCAGAUCUACACUUCAAUCAUUCAGACAUUGUUCAAAAUUGAAAGAUUGGGGAAAUUGGAAAAACUUAAAAUUUUAGUCAUGGUUGCACUUUCGCGUACUUCAAAAUUAACCGUCGUUUGCGUGGGCGUCUAUACGACCUAUGUCAUCUUCAUAUUCUUCCUUUUGCCCAUGCUGAUGCCGGAUCCGGUGACCCUGCAACGCUCACUGGUCUCCUACAGCACCAGCCACUUGGGCGACAUCAGAAACCUCACACUGGAUGCCGGCGGUCAGCCAAUCCGCUCAAUGCUGGUCACGUUCCGGGGAUCGGGUGCCCUGACCCUGCUGGACAACCUGGCUCAUCAGCCGGGCUGCUAUCAGCACUACGCUCCACUGAUCGCCUACGAGAGCCGUUCCAUUGCCGCGAAGGAGCACGAUCGCGCCUUGGAUGAACUGGCGGCGCUGUACAACUGUGACUACAACAAGUCUGCGGAAAUGAUCCAAUGGGGAAUGCGAUCGCCGGUCUUCCGGCGCUUCUAUGGCGCUCAGGCCAAGAUCUGUCGCUCUUACAGCCAGGAGACCUGCUGGGAUGCCGAGACGAUGGCCGCCGUCUGCAAGCUGUACCCAUUCAUCAACAUGGCGGUGUACAACUUGCGGCUGAAUCUUCUGGCUCCUCUUCUGGAACGCAAAGACCUAAAUCUGAACAUCCUUUUACUUGUCCGCGAUCCUCGGGGCACCAUAUAUUCCCGAAUGAAUAACAAGUGGUGUUCGGAUGAGAGGGAUUGCGAGGCACAGGCCCUUUGCGGCGACAUGGUCAGUGAUUAUCAGAUGGUGGAGACCCUCACCAAAGCCUAUCCACAGCGUUUUAGCAUUAUACGUUACGAGGACUUGUUCCUACAGCCCGAGGAGAGUAUCAAACUGGUAUUCGACUUCUACGGAUUGCCCUUGAAACGAAACAGAUCCAGGAUUCACAAAAUGCAUCCGCGCAGUGGCUACUUUUUCCAGUCCUCUCGCUGGAAGGAGCUUUCCAGCCAGUCCGCCUUCGAGUGGAUAAGCGAAAUGAUGGUGGACGAUAUUGGGGCUGUACAGGACGUGUGCGGUCAGGCCAUGGACUUGUGGGGGUAUCGCUCCAUUCAGGACUUCAAUCACUUUUCACCGGAAUCUUUCCAGCCAAUUAUGGACAAAGCCUAGGUGUUUCUGGCCUGAAGACACCAACUGGCCUCGUUUAAUUGUCAUAGAUCGUCGAGUGAGUGGAGCUUCUCAUUCACUUCCCGUAUCGAAUUUCAGCCACAUCGCUGGUUUCAAUGGAUAGCGGAGAACAAGGUUGUCAUGUCACUGGGUCCGUUGCUCAACUCCAUCGCCAGUGGACGUCAUUAUUGGCUCAUUAUAAUUAUCAGGUUGCAAUUUCUGGCCGCCGCUCUCCAGACAAUUCAUUCCGCUCUAAAUUAUUUGUGCAACACUCGACGGUGGCAGUGGCAGUGGCACUAGCAUUCGCCAACUGUAAAUUGCUGCCACAAUAAUCGCAAUAAUUAAAAGCGAGCCCGGCCACAAAUCAUGGAAACUGCCGGCCGGCAGACGCAGCGUGAAAAGCGGCAGCGGAAAAGCGCUCGGUAAUUGAGGAAAAAUCUAGAACAAUCUUGGGUUGUAUGGUCGGGGAUGUGGCAGUGGCUGUCGGAUCACUUGGGAUCGUGGGGCGUUUUGUGAAAGGGUUCUUGAUAACUCAUGGCAAUUAAAAAAUAAGGUGAGCCGGCAUGUGGAUGCAGCUAUCUUCUAGUGUCAGUUUUGCCUGUGGAUUAUGUCGAUUAUUGCGGAUGUGGCAGAAAUUCCAAAUUUAUUAGUUGCGGUGCCUCCUUUUUCGCUUGGAG